CAGUAUCACAGAGGUUUGGGAACUCUGACUGACAUCUUAGAGAGUUGCCCUUUACAUGUGUGGUACACUCACCACCCUGUUGUCACCUGCUGGGUGUUUAGUGAGGAGAGUCGAGCCGUGCAACUAGGAAAUGCUCUGCUGGAGUACUGGCUGCCCCUGAUUAAUGUGAACAGUCUGGAAACAGCAUUAGCCUCAACAAGAGCACAGUCCAGUCACACAGGCUCACAGCACACUUGCCCCGACCAGCAGCGAACUGCCCUUGAACAACAGUGUGAAAACACAGACCUACACCAUGUAGAUAUAGAACGAAACCAUGCAGGUACGGAGAGACACCAUGAAGGAACAGUAUGCCAACUGACAGAUACAGAGAGUCAGCAAAGGAUGGAGAUAGAGAGGGAGAUCACAGAUACAGAGAAGGUUACCAUAGAGAUGGAGCGUCUGGACACGGACACACAGUUACUGGUGGAACUAGCACACAACUCUGCCUUCAUCAACACCCUAAUGACAGUGCUUGUGGCUCCGCAAGAGAUGGCAGACAUUGCUGCUAAUGUUGCAGAACAUUUGGCUAUCAUGCUAUGUGAUGAAGUGCAUGAGAAGGCAGCUUCAGCCACACUCUCCACAGUCAGCGUGGCACUGGACACCUGUACCAGCUUGUUCCAGGAUCUGUUUCUACAAGACUCUGUCCCAGAGGACUACCAAGUGAUUAACCUGCUCAAGGUAAUGAUUAUUUUGAUGAAAGGCAGUGACUGCAACACUUCUGAUGCUUUCAGUGUAAAGAGUGUUUAUCAUGUGGUGAAGUUUGUUGGAAGUAAAAAAGAUGACACGCAAAGUGAAAGUGUAAAAUACUGUGUGGAGUACCUGUUGAAAUACACAGAGGACCGUGUCACUACUGAUUGUCUCUGUGUCAGUCCAAUCCUUGUCCAAAACAAAGGCUUCGUGGUGAAGCUGGAGAGAAUUUUGUCAGGUGGGUGCCAGGCGGAGUUGGACUCGGUGAUGAGGCUGGUCGCCUGGCUGGCAUCUUCAGCAGCACCAGACAGUCAGGCCCCCCACCAAAUCCAUGUGAGCCACAGCUUCCUGAUGGAUGCUGUCAUAACAGGUAUUCCAGCUACUGGAGGCCUCUGUCUGCUGUCUGCAGCCCUAUCUGCCCACCCCAGCACACACGGUCCAGUAGUGUUCAGUAGGGACAGACUUAUACAGGAUACUCCUCUAUUCACAACCAGCAAUGUCAGGACUCUCUACUUCCAUCUCCAGCAGCAGGCUUGUCAGGAUUGUCCAGUUGUAUUCAACUGUGCAUUGGAGUGUAUAUACAAGCUGUACAUAUACGCUGCCACAGAACACAAGGCUCUAGCCAGCCACCUGUCGAGCCAGCCCUGGAACAAGCUGUGGCUGGAGACCAUGCUGCACGCCUCCUUGGACCAUGUGGGUCUGAGCCAGCAGGUGCUAAAGGUUAUACAGAUGCUGAGUGACUUCCCCACAUGCCAGAAACUGAUAGCUGUGUCGGGGGACACCUUUCUACAUACAGUGCUGAAGUCCCCCCUACAGGAAGAGGAGACUGAAAGAGUCACACACAUAUUGUCAAUGUGCAUGUUGGAGCUAAAGAAAAAUGUCAAACCUCACCUCCUCCAGCAGGUGGAGAACCACCUUGGUCAUCCAGUGAAAUAGUGGGCAUCGUCAGGUACUAAUUCCUAGAAUGUAGGAGCAUGACUUUCAGCCUCACUUCUAGCAUUAUUUCAACCAGUGUAGACUAUCAAGCCUCACCUCCUCCAGCAGGGGAAGAGCAACUUCAGUUUCCCAGUUCACUUGUGGGCAUCAUCAGGAAAGACUGACUCAAGAACAAGUACAAAUCCAUACUAUUAGCACUGCUGAAUAUAGUGUCAAAGACUGAAGGCUCAUGUCCUUCACCAGGUGGAGAACAGCCUCUAACAGGGAAAGACUGACCCAUAGAAGAAAUAGAAAAGGUCAAAGAACCAUACUCCUAGCACUGCUGUGUCCAGGUAGA